AUGCUUGCCCCCGAGCCGUGGAAGGAGUUAGAAAACCUCUUUGGCCCACACACCUUCGACUUGAUGGCGCUUGACACCAAUGCUCAAAUUGGGUGUUCUGGUUCACCGCUUCCUCACUUUACGCCUUUUCCAACACCGGGUUCUCGCGGGGUUAAUGUUUUUGCUCAAGAUCUGACCAGCCAAGAAAACGCAUAUGUUUUUCCGCCAUUCAUCUUAGGUUGGUCCUCUUCUCCAUUUUCUCGACAAGGCCUUGUUCUCGUUCACCAUUGUGGUUCCAAAACUGUCUCCUCGACCAUAUUGGUGGCCUCUUAUUCAAGCAAGGGCAUCUCAUUUUGUCGUCCUGGGCCAUAAAGCUGAUCACGAUAUCGUGUUAUUUCCAUCUCUGCACCACGUUUUUUCCACACGUCCUUUACCUUGGGAUUUGCAUGCUUUCAGGAUUACCAACUCGCUUCCGUCUGUCCUUUCUUUAGAUUCAGCGACCUAGAAUCUGGAAGCCGGCAGCUCCUUGCCUUGAUUGUGGCUACCUUAAUGAUGCCGUUUUCAACUUUUGCCAGAAGUGCGGUUUCCGCCAGUUUUGUUUGAUCGACUUUCAAGCAAUCGAUGAUCGUUUGGCACAUCUGGCUGAAGCAAAGUCCAACAAGAGUUAUGAACGUCAGAAGUCUUCUCUUCACAAGGAACUUGUAAAUUUUCUUUCUUCUCUCCCAGUUCCAAAGGCUCUUCCUUCCGCUUCUCCAUCCGUCAUCAAGAAGUUUCUGGCGUGGAAGGAUAACUCAGGGAAGACCGUUGUUCACCUUUUUGAUUGUCCAGGCCUGGGCCAACGCCAACGCGUCUCCUGUUCAUGUCCAACCAGGUUGGCUGCUGGAACUGUGGACAGCCUAAUUGGGAAACUCAGGUCCAUUUUUGUUGAGGAGAGUUUGGGAGGGGAAUGGGACGACCGAUUACGUAUUGGAAAUCCCGUCUCUCAUCCCUCUAUUAAAGCUUAUUUGAAGUGUGUACGAGAAGAGCAACCCCAGGCUCGAGUACAGCCUCGUAAGGCCGUUCCCCUUUUUAUAAAUAAAUUUUUGGCUGUAGCGCGUUCCAUCAUGUCUUAA